UCCUCGUAAGCACCCGCACACUGCGCCGCGCACGUUCAACUUUUGAUUCCCGUGAUGUGACUCUGUGUGACGCUACUGUGAAAUCGGGCAGUGUGUGUGUGUGUGUGUGUGAAGGUGGUCCUGACAGUGGAGCCCUUAUGUGCCCCUGAGACAGAGUUGCCUUUGGGUUUAGCUGUCCUUGGCCACACGUCUCCCUGGAUGUUACCAUGAGCUGGGAGGAGACGGACGUGAACUGAGACAAACACGUCCUGAGAUGAACGCUUCUUGAUAUAAUAAUUUUUGUCCUGGGAUAUUGGUGCCCUGAGACGUAAUAAUUAUCCUGUAACAAAAGUGUCUUUGGGUAGUGAUACGUGCGGGUAACGUGCCCUAGGACAGUGGUACGUGCAGGUCACGUGCCCUAGGACAGUGGUACGUGCAGGUCACGUGCCCUAGGAUAGUGGUACGUGCAGGUCACGUGCUCUAGAACUGUGAUACGUGCAGGCCACGUGCCCUAGAACUGGUACGUGUGGGUAACGUGCCCUAAAACAGUAGUACGUGUGGGUAACGUGCCCUACAACAGUGGUCACGUGCCCUAGAACUGGGGUACGUAUAGGCAACGUGCCGUCAGUGACGUUACUGACCAUGAGCUGUGCACUGGGGUUCCUGGAGGAGGCUGGGGAGGCAGGAGGCGUGAUGGGCGUCCCUCGACGUCGACGUACAGGCGUUGGAGCUCCCAGUCUGACGGUGAACGGCCGCACCAAGAUGAACCACCUGGACCAACACUCUGCCACACAGGAGGUGUCAGGGGAGAUGGUGACAGUACCUGAGGGCCCACCCGGAGUUCCUUGAGUCUUGGCUGAUGGAACAGGUGGAGCUGGACACCUUGGAGCGCUGGAUGAUACGACGUACACAGCGGGACAAGCAGAAGAGUCUUGAGAAUGGCACAAACGUGCCAGCUCCGACUACAACUGCUCCACUUAAGAGGUUGUCAAGUAAAAUCAUACGGAAGACUAGCUUAUCCCGGUGGAAGUUCUGUGUACAUGCGGACAAACGCAAGAUGUUGCAGGAACUGACGACGUCGCUUCACGUGCGUCCCAACAAGCCGCACGUGUUGUGGGAGCUGGCUCACUGCAUCUCCUCCGCUGUCAACGCCGACGGAUACAACCUCUACCUGGUGGACAGCGCCACCGCCACCCUACACCAAUACAUCGAGAUCAAAGACGGGGCAGAGGUGAAAAGCCCCGGGUCGUGGAGUUGUGACAUCGGCACCGGGUCGUGGUUAUGUGCCUGGGUGGCCAGCACACGACACGCCGUCCGCAUCACCAACCCCAGCAACGACCCCAGGUUCCCCCGAGGCUGUCCUUUCGCUGAGGAGCAGGAGGUACACCACACGUUGUCCAUGGUAGUGGUACAGAGCAACGGGGAACUGGCGGCUGUUUUGGAACUGUACCGUCGACAAAGUGGCGAGAAUUUCCACGAGGAAGAUGAGGAGAUAGUGAACUCAUACCUGGUGUGGGGUGGUAUCGCUCUUCACUACGCUGAGCUCUACCACAGUAUGGUUAAACAACGGACACUUAACGACUUCAUCCUCUCCGUCGUCAAAUCCAUCUUCCAGGACAUGGUCAGUAUGGAUACGCUUAUAAUGAAGGUCAUGAAUUUCGCUCAGAAGUUGGUCAGUGCGCACCGGGCAUCUCUCUUCGUCGACGCCAAGAACAGGCAACUCUACGCCAGAAUAUUCGACAUGGGUAGUGAGUUCGACGAAGACAAUCCUCCACAGGCCUUUAAGGAGAUCAGGUUUCCCAUUGGGACAGGUAUCGCGGGAAUCGUAGCUCAGAACGGCCAGGUGCUCAACAUUCCCGACGCUUACGCUGACCCUCGCUUCAACCGUACAGUCGACCAGCUGACCGGCUACCUCACAAAGUCCAUCCUCUGCAUGCCCAUCUUCAUCCGCGGCAACGUCAUAGGUGUCAUGCAGAUGGUGAACAAAGCCACCGGUGUCUUCAGUAAGGAGGACGAGGAGUCAUUUGAGAUGUUCGCUAUCUACUGCGGACUGGCGCUGCACCACGCCAAGUUGUACGAUAAGAUACGACGCUCUGAGCAGAAGUACAAGGUAGCCCUUGAGGUGCUAAGUUACCACAACUCUUGCACAGAUGAUGAGUUUGAGACUCUUCAAGCAGACCCUUUAACGCAGGCACUGCCAGGUGUGGACGACUACUACUUCUGCCCCAUAUUCCUGGAGGACAUGGACAAGGUGCGUCACGCCAUCUAUAUGUUUGUGGACUUGUUCGGUUUGUCACGGUUUGAAAAGGAUAACCUGAUCCGGUUCACGCUGACGGUGAAGAAGAACUACCGACGGGUGCCUUACCACAAUUGGACGCAUGGCUUCAGCGUCGCCAACUCCAUGUACACCAUCAUCAAGCACGCCCCCAAGGCCUUCCGACCCCUCGAGUGCCUCGCCCUGUUCAUUGGGUCCCUCUGUCAUGACCUGGACCAUCGUGGUAAGAACAACAAAUUCAUGCUGGAGACUGAAAGUCCACUGGCAGCCAUCUACACCACCUCUACUCUUGAGCACCACCACUUCAACCAGACUGUCACCAUCCUUCAGCAGGAGGGCCACAACAUCUUUGGGAAGCUGACUUCAACAGAGUAUAAGCAAGUGUUGGGAAACAUAAAACACUGCAUCCUUGCUACAGACUUAGCACUGUUCUUCCCAAACAAGGCCAGACUCAUCAAACUGGUUGAAGAUAAACUUUUUGAGUGGGAAAAUCCAGACCACAGACUCCUAAUUGAGGCUAUUGCCAUGACAGCAUGUGACCUGUGUGCCUCUGCCAAGCCUUGGGAUGUUCAAGUUGAGACUGUCAAGGUCAUUUUUGAGGAGUUUUAUGAACAGGGUGAUGCUGAGAAAGCUGUUGGGAAGAAACCCAUACCAAUGAUGGACAGAACAAGGACAGAUGAUCAGGCAGAGUCUCAGGUUGGUUUCCUGUCUGGCAUCUGCAUCCCAUGCUAUGAGCUGCUUCACAAGCUCAUUCCUGACACUGAGCCACUACUUAAUGGCUGCAAGGAAAACCUACAAAGGUGGAAGCAGAUUGCUGAGGAUAAGAAAAAGGAAGCCAGUAAGAUUAAAGAAGAGGAUGGGGAAGAAACUGAUACAGGAAUAGAGGAGGUUAAUGAAGAGGAGGAAGGUGAAGAAACUAUAGAAGAAAUUGAUGAUGAAUGUGUUGAUGGGAAAAAUGAUGCUGGAAAAGAAGAUGACACGUAAGAUAAUGAACUUCACGUGCAAUAUCAGGUUAAAAUAAGACUUUUAUACAAAGGAAGCAUUUCAAAAGUAGUGUACAUAAAGCAUAUCAGGUACAGAUAUGAGUUCUACACUUUUGUAAGGGUAGCAAAUCAAAAGCAGAAAUGUUUUUUCAUAAUUGUUGAGAUAUGUUAGUAGUGCUUGUAAGGAUGAAAUGUGAGAUCAUUACAUUGUUUCCUACUAAAGCAUAUCCAGAAAUGCUAAAAGACAGUGCCAUAUACCUUGGAGUAAAAAACUCUUUCAUGAUACAGUCAUGCAAGACCAAAUUUUGUCAUAGUUUUGGGAUACAUUAUUCCCUGUUUUUGACAAAUGAGUUCAGAAAUGAAGCUAAGUUCUGAACUAUCAACACACAGUGUUGCAUCAGUGGUUGGGGUUCUACGAGCAGACUACCAGGAGGUAAUUUAACAUUUGAGGUUCCUUAAUUCUGGUAAUUCUCCAGACAAAAUAUUGAGUCAUGAAAAUUUCUCAUAAUACAGUAAAUUGUAAAAUAUCCUGUGUUGAUAGUAAAAAAAAAUGUACUGUAUCGAUAAAAAAGUUCACUGUAUUCAAUAUUUGAGCAUGAAUUUGAAAUACUGUGCAGCAUACUGUAAAAUCUUGUACAUAUGUCCUCUUUUGACUAGACAUUACCAGGUUAUGAAUUACCAUGUUGUGAUCAUGAUAAAUAUUUAAACGAAAGUAGAGUAAUUUCUGAAAACAUAUCCUGAGAAAAGGAAUCAUUUAAGAUUUUUUAUAUUCAUUUUGGAAAACAGUGAUUGGAACAAAUCAACCAAAUAGUGUACAAUGUAAAGUCAAAUUUACUUUGUACAAAUUUAAAAUACAAAUCUUCGAAAAAGAUCCGCAAUCUAAAUUGACACAACAAAUGUUUUUUUAUACCUUAUGUCUUAGUAGCACUGUAGCUAGAUGCUCCCUGACUGUAAAUGAUGCUGACAUCUUGCUUACUGAAAAUUGCCUUAAUAAACUAGAUAAGCAGAAGUUGCAGUGAGAGAACAGUGUGAUCGUCUGUGCAUUCCUGGUCUAUUCAUAAAUUGUGCUAAAAUCUGGUUUUGUUAGCAAUUUUCUUUUAACGAAUGUGCUGAAAACCAAGUAUUCUUGAUGUUCGGUGGAUACAACCAUCUGUUCUAUUUGUGUUCUUUCAUAAACAAGCUCUACAGUUACAUGUGCCGUUGUAACGGGCCGAGUUUCCUCUUUUCAAUAAUUUACCAUAUAGAUAUUAUUUUUCAGUUAGUAUUCUAUUCAUUCAUAUACUUAUUUGUUCUGUAGCAGUCUUUCCAAUGAGUAUCCUGUUUUAUAUACUUAUCCUUCUUCAGUUCUUUAC